GUGGCGGCUAAUUUGUGGCAGCUGUGCUUUUUAUUGUUGUUAUUGCUUCCAUUAUGACUAACAACGAAACAGAAACUGCCGGCACGAGCCGCACAAGUGGCGCUGCCUCAACAACAUCCAACUCCAAGGUGGAGAUUACAGAGAAGGUGCGCGUCCUUUGCCUGCACGGAUACCGACAAGAUGCGGAUUCGUUUAAGAACAAGCUGGGCUCGUUUCGCAAGUUUGCCGGCAAAUAUGCAGAGUUUGUGUUCAUCACAGCGCCACACGUUGCUGCUGCCCUCGAAGGAUCUGGUGAAGGAUCAAUCGAUCAGCAGCGCAGCUGGUGGGCCAAUAAAGAUGAUGGCACCUUCAAGGGCACCAAUCGCGGUGGACCCGCCUAUGGUUUCCAGGAGAGUUUGCGCAUCGUCGAAGACGCUUGGAAGACGCUGGGACCGUUCCAGGGAUUGCUUGGCUUCUCGCAGGGUGCCUGUUUUGUGGGCCUCAUUUGUGGACUGGCCAAAAAAAAGUUGACCUCUAUUCGACCCGAAUUUGCUGUGCUCAGCUCUGGCUUCAUAUCCGGCAGUCUGGUGCACAUGAGCGCCUAUGAGGAGCGCAUCACAAUUCCAGCGCUGCAUGUGUAUGGCCUAACGGAUGAGAUCAUCCCGAAGGAGAUGAGUGAGUCGCUGGCAGCCCACUUUAAGAAUGUCGAGAUACUCGAGCAUAAUGGUGGCCAUUACUUUCCGGCAACGGCGCAGCAGAAGCAGACGUAUGUGAAUUUCUUUCAGGACCGCUUGCAGGAGUAUCUGGAGCACUUGGAGCUGCAGCAGAGCAGCAAUGCAUCCUUCAUCGACAGCGCCGAGGAAGAUGAGGGCGGUGUAACGGAUGCCAAUGAUGCUGAAGUCGCUGCUGUCACAGCGGCUGCCGGAUCCGGCAUGGAUGAUAGUGAUUAAAGUGGGUUAAGGGG